AGCCCCUCUCGUGGGGCAUCACCCAAGAGGAUCUGGUGACCUUCGAGGAUGUGGCUGUGUAUUUCAGCAACAAGGAGUGGGCCCUACUCAGCACACAGCAGAAAUCCCUGCACAGAGAAGUCACCUUGGAGAACUCUUGGAAUGUGGCCUCUCUGGCAGGUGUUGGGGGGGAUGAGAAACAUGGAGACCAAUAUGCCAGGCCAGUAGGGGGAAGCAAGAUUCAGGAGAUGGAAGAGAACUUCAGGACUCCAGGAGGAGAGAAUAAGCAGAAGAAAAACCCAGCAGAGGAAGGCAAGAAGACAUAUUGGCCAGGGAUUAACCUCCACGAAGUUCCAGUUCAGGAACACAAUCCCAAGGGAAAGAAAAGGAAUAUCUGCCCCGUGUGUGGGAAACACUUCAGCUACAAAUCAGAUCUCAGUGUUCAUAGGAGAAUCCACACGAGUCUGAAGCAACACAGAUGUUUGGAGUGCAGGGUGAGCUUUAGGCAGAGCGCACACCUCGCUACUCAUCAGACAAUCCACACGGGCGAAAAGCCGUAUCAGUGCUCAUUGUGCGGAAAGAGCUUUCGGCAGCGUGCCAACUUCACAUCACAUCAGAGAACCCACACGGGAGAGAGGCCGUAUCACUGCUCCGAGUGCGGGAAGAGCUUCAGUCGGAACACAAGCCUCACUGCCCACCUAAGGAAACACACGGGAGAGAAACCCUACAGCUGUUCUGUGUGCCGCCGGAACUUUUGCGACAAGUCGGGCCUGAACCUGCACCAGUUAAUUCAUUCAAAGGAGAAGCCUCAUAAAUGCCUGGUGUGCGGCAAGAGCUUCAUUCGGCGCUCGCAGCUGACCUCCCACGAAGGGAUCCACACAGGGGAGAAACAGUAUCGGUGCUCGGUGUGCGGGAAGAGCUUCCAUCGGAUGUCCAACCUGAAGUCGCACCAGAGGAUUCACGCAGUAGACAAACCCUACAACUGCUUGGAAUGCAGCAGGAGCUUUUACGAAAAAUCGCGCCUUCUCACACACCAGAGAAUGCACAUGGGGGAAAAGCCGUAUCAGCGCACCAAUGACAAUGCAUAUACAACCUGA